UUCAAACACUAAAUACCUAAUUAUUUUUCUUUUAAAUUAUUAAUAUUUUGGAAAAAGUAAAAAUAACAGAAUAAUUUAUUAAAGUAUAUUUGACAUAAAACAAUGAAGAUUUAUGAUUCAAAAAGUAAAAACAAAAAGAAAAUUUGCAGGAUUAUUAGCAGUCAAAUUAAACUAAUAUUUUUCUUAAGCAAAACAGAGGAAAAAAAUAAAGGACAGCAAAAGAUUAUGGAACCCUCAGAUAAGUAAACUAAAUCAUCACAAGGUUCCCGACGGGAAGAAGCAAUUGGCAGCAAGCAACACUGCAGAACACACAUAAACAGAGAAAUCACAGAGUAAAAGAGAAAAAAAAAGAAGGAAAAUCGGAAGAGGAGCAGCAACAAACAGAAACAAAAAUGGAAAGCUUGUUAUGAUUCAGAUUGAAAACUAUAAUAGCAUCAUAUAAUUCCCCUCAGGUUUCCAUUUAAUCCACAUGCUCUCUCUCCAUAUUGUUUUCUGUUUUUGUUUUUGCCGCUUCUUUUACUCUUUAUUUCCCUUUCUUUCAAUUUCUCUCUCUCUCUCUCUUUCUUCCGUUCUUGCCCUUUUCUCUGCAGUCCGCCGCAGCCGCCACUGCUCGCUUCCCUUUGGUGACUUACUGCUCGCUUCCCUUUCAGUAACCCUCAAGAAUCCAAAUCUAAAAAAGAAAAGUACCCAAGAAUUGGAUUUGCAAUGGAAUUCCAGUGUCCAGAGGACAAUGCAUGGUAUGAUGUGAAUUUGUUCUGUGAUGGUAAAGAACUCACUGUACACUAUACUAAUUUCUCAGAAGAGUACGAUGAGAAGUAUGAUGUGGAUGUGUUCAACAACAUGGAAGAAUUGGAAGAGUUCAGGGCAAGAUUUAGGCUGAGCAGUGUCCAGAUACAGGAUCAUGAUUGCAAGCUUAUAUGUCAAGGUAAGGCAGUUUCUGCAUCAUUUUAUUUAGACGACGAUGACGUUAAGUUUUAUGAUGCUAUAGUUGUUGAAGUACUAAACGAGGAGCAUAAGUUCAAGAAACAAGUUGGAGGAGGAGGAGGGAAGAAGAAGAAGAAGAAGAGUGUUUGCACUUAUGUGGUUACAUGGCAGCAUGGUCCAUUGGUAGGACAGAGGACAUUUGCCAAGAUUACUGAUAUUUGCUUGAACCCUUUUAGUAAAGAAAUUGAUCCAUCUCUUUUUACUUUCUUGAGGAUUGCAAGAGAGAGAAUUGAGGAGGAUGAACAACGAAAUUUCGCUACUAUUCCUGAUAUUGUUGAAGUCUUUUUCCAGAAACUAAGGAGACUAAGAAAUAAUAGGUUUGCAUCUCGGACUGUAGAGGGGAGACUUAAUGGCCACUGCAAAAGGAUCGAGUUACCCGCUUAUGAUCUACUGCAUCUUCAUGAACAAUGAGACAGCCCAGAGAGUGACAGAGACAUGAAGAGGGCAGAAGUUACCACUGCUAGCGAUUUUUUCUUUCAUUUGCUCUUUUACUUGCUGUUUAAUGUUCUUGUAUGGUACAAAUAUUAAACUCAAUUUAAAUACUGUUCUAUAA